GACACAGCAGCAGCCGAUGGUAGCAUAAGCACUAGCGUGAGGAUUUCUAGAGAGAAGGAACUAAAGAACGGCCUCCCGUAUGACGAUGUUGGAACAACCGAAUUUCUGCUGUUGAUAUUUCUCACUUGAGUUACCAUAACUGUACACACGCAGUAUCAAUUCCGGACCAAAGGAAGCACCGGAUAAACAUCGGCAGUACGAAAUCAACAAUUGUUUAUAGAGUUCAAUUUUUAUAAAUUAUACACCACCCGUCAAUACACAAGUACUUACUAAAAGGACUACUUUUGCGUUACUCGAAACACCUCACCAAGAAAUAUGGCGAACAUGGCAGUAUCCCGCAUUAAGCGAGAGUUCAAAGAGGUCCUCAAAAGUGAAGAGAUUGUUCAGUGUUCCAUAAAAUUAGACAUGGUAAACGAUAAUUUCACGGAACUUCGAGGAGAAAUUGCGGGCCCCCCGGAUACCCCUUACGAGGGUGGAAAGUUCGUACUAGAAAUUAAAGUUCCCGAAACAUACCCGUUCAAUCCACCGAAGGUGAAAUUUAUGACCAAGAUAUGGCAUCCAAACAUUUCCUCCGUAACUGGUGCGAUCUGUCUCGAUAUACUGAAGGACAACUGGGCGGCGGCGAUGACGCUGCGCACCGUCCUACUAUCCCUGCAGGCGCUGCUGGCAGCGGCCGAGCCGGACGAUCCGCAGGAUGCGGUCGUAGCGACACAGUACAAGGACAACCACGAGAUGUUCAUCCUGACCGCGAAACACUGGACCAACGUGUACGCGGGAGGCCCAUUUGCGAAUGCGGACUUUGACCAGAAGGUGCAGCGACUGAGAGACAUGGGCAUCCCGGAGUACGAUGCACGGGCCGCCCUGUCGCGCCACAACUGGCACCUAGAGCGGGCCUCAGAGCAACUGUUCAGUUAGUCGAGCGAAGUGCGUGCAGUUCGUACCUGCCCGAUAUUUAAUGUUAUCGUUUCCUCUGUUGAUGAUUAUUUAAACCAUUUGCCCCGCUCUUGAAAACAUUCUUUGCAGACUUUUUAAAAUCGAUAGCAGAAAUUGUGGAGAAAAAUGGAUUUGAUUGAAUGACCUUUUUUAAGCUCUAUUUGGCAUUUGCAUCUUAAAUUUUUUGCACACACCUACUAAUACUGUGUCGUUCUAAAAGAAAAAAAUACGGGGGUAGGUUAGCAAUAGAGUUCUAUUUUAUUUAUCCAAAUCGUCGAACAAACUGUCUAUGUCCCAUGUAGAGUAAAAGUGUGGCAAGCUUUCUCGAACGAUAACCUCACCUCCGCUGUUCUGCACUCCAACAAACACCUACAAAAGACAGUAGAAGUAAUUCGAAGUGCAAGCCUACAAAAUCAAUCACACGAAUCCGCGCAGGGUUACGUGCCUUCCGUUAGCAUUCGAAUAACGGAAGUGGACGAAAUGUGUGCAUGGGAAAACAGAGAAACCAAUCUGGGUGGUCCCGUGCAGCCUCUUCUCCGAUGCCGUUCGCUGAAAGUCUAUAGAAGUGUAAUGUUGAUCAAGUUCUGUGAAAUAAGAUACGAAAGGAAAAAGUGGAAAAAUACAUUUGAUAUACACGAAA